AUGGCAGACAACAAAGCCUGGCCCCCCGCAAACGGUCUAACCACCAAAGUCGUCCCGCGCGAAAAAGCAAUCGUCGAACUGGCCUACUCAACCCCCGUGAACGCGCCCGCACACCUCGUCUUCGAUACCCUUCUCCGCACCGCAAACUACCCCGCGUGGAACACAUGGAUACCAAGCGUCCGCAUAAUAUCCCAACCUCCUCCCCGCAACACCACAGAAGAAGAAGAAGACUCGUCGCGCAUGCGUGUAGGCACUGAAAUGGAAUUUAACGUCGUAAUGGACGCCUCAAAACCAGAUUCCAUCACGCACUCACAACUCAAAGUCUCGGAUAUCUCAACGCCCGAUGCGCCGUCUUCGUAUCUUUCGGCGGAGGAACUGGCGGAUCCGAGUUUCACGGCUGAUCUGAGUAAGGUGUAUCGGGUUGCGUGGAUGAGUAAUGGGGGGAUGAUGGGGUUUGCGCCGGUGAUUGAGCGGGUUCACGAGGUUAUUGUUACGGGGGAGGAUACGUGUGAGGUGCGGAAUUGGGAGUUGAUGGGGGGCAUGACGGCGAGGCUAGUGAAGAUGUUUGUGUUGGAGACGUUGCAGGGGAAGGUGAGGCUUUGGCUGGAUGAUCUGAAGACGUAUUGUGAGAAGGUUAGUGCGGAGGGGAAGGCGGGUGCUCAGCCUGGGAACUGA